UCAGAACCCGGGAAAAUAAAACGUCAACAACAGCUUCAGGGCGGCUGAUUUGAACUUUUACUUGUUAAAAAAUACUUGUGGUUCUAAACUUGGGUAAGCAGGAUGGUGGAGGGUCCAGGCUGCACCUUAAACGGAGAGAAAAUCCGCUCGAAAGUCCAAACGGGUCAGAAGGUGAAGGAAGUGAAGGGCACUUUGACUUCUUCAGCUAAAAGCAACACGGAAACAAACGUCUUCCACAGUUUCUCUGGAUGUCAGUUCACUGGUGUUGAAACUCUUGGGAAGGAGCUUUUCAUGUACUUUGGUGUGAGAGCUUUAAGAAUCCACUUCGGCAUGAACGGAUCGAUCCGUAUAAAUCCUGCUCAGAGGAAGGUUACAGCGGGCUCUGCGGCAGUGUUGGAAAUACGCCUUACCAACGACACUGUGGCCUUCUUUGACAGCACAGUAGAAAUAAGGUUGACGGAGGAUUGUGAGCAGAAGGUCAGGGCCAUGGAGAGUCUGGAUCUGUGCUCCCCCAAGUUCAGUUUCUCGCGCUCUGAGGAGGCAGUGAGGAGCCAGGCAACCAGGAUGCUCUGCGACGUUCUCCUAGACCAAGCCGUCAUGCCGGGAGUAGGCAACAUCAUUAAAAACGAAGCCCUGUUUGACUCGGGCCUCCACCCAGCCGUGAAGGUUCAACAGUUGACAGAUGUGCAAAUCCACCAUUUGGUCAAGAUGACUCGAGAUUUUACUCUUCUGUUUUACAAGUGUCGCAAAUCUGGCUCUCCUCUCUCCAAACAUUACAAAGUCUACAAGCGUCCCAACUGUGGCCAGUGCUCCCAUGUUAUUACAGUCUGUCGUCUUGGAGACAACGGCAGGAUGACUUACUUCUGUGAGCGCUGUCAAAAAGGAGAUCCCACCUGCGUUGACGUCAGUAAGCUCCCAGUUAGAAACAGCCUUAUCGGUUGGGCAUUUCAUGAGAGAUCCAGUGAUGAUGUGGCUAAGAAGGAGGAAGAGGACUGGGCUUGUCAACUAUGCACGCUCAUCAACCAGCCAGAAGCUAAAGCCUGUGAUGCCUGCUUCUCUCCAAAACCUGAGGUUCACAAAGACGACAUUAGCACUGAAGCAUCGCCCUUCACUGCCGAUUUAAUUAAAUACCCCUGCAACGCCUUCAGGAAGCCGCGAGAGGAGCUCAAAGUCAACUGGAGGUCUGCGUUCGGGACUUCCACCCUUGUUUUCUCUGACAUGAGUGAGAAGCCAAAGCCUGUAAACUCCCCACUCUCCCCAGCCGGCGGUCAUUUGAAUUCCUUGGCGGCAGAACGGGGUUUGUAUAAAAACAGCUUAUGCCAAGGGACAACAAGCCCCAAUUAUGCCUCUGGUGGCUGGCAAAGGAAAAGUGCAGAGCUCUCCAAGGGGGAAUCACUGGAAUCUUACAGUCACCCUUCCAAGAAAAUGAGAAUUGAUCACAGCCCCUCUCCCAGUAACAAAGCUCCAAAUGGAACCUCCAACUCAGGUGCUCGCAGAUCAGGCACGGCAAGCACUGCAGCCCCUGUUCCUCCUAGUCCCCCUUGUUGCACAUCCCACUGUCGUCCCACCGUCCUCAGAGUGGUCCACAAGGAGGGGGACAAUAAAGGACGACAGUUUUAUUCCUGCUCCCUGCCGAGAGAAAACAAGUGCAACUUCUUUCAGUGGGCUGAUUUGCACUUUCCUCUCUGUCACCACGGGAAACGCUGUUUAAUGAGGACGGUUCUGAAACUGGGUCCUAACAAUGGUCGCAAUUUCUACACCUGCAGCUUUCAAAAGGGUAAACAAUGUGACUUUUUCCAGUGGGCGGAGAACGGACCUGGAGUUUCCAUGCUUCCCGGCUGCUAACACAUCAAGGCUGUACAUAGGGGCACCUCUAAACAUCAAGACAUCAUCAGGACAUCUGUUUAUUGCUUUCCUUCAAAUCAAAAAGUCAAACUGAGGCAUUAGAGACAUAGUGUGCUAUACCUCCAGUCAUUUCUGGUAUGGCUGGGCAGUUGGAUUUAUUUAUUUUUUUUUACAGUCAAGCUUAAAACAUUCAGAUUUUAAAAAAAACAGAAUGUUGCUCCUUAGAGAUUAAAGAAAAUGCUCACAAAAACUGGUAUAGAGAAAUGUAAUGACCAUGUUCUGUGACCCCGGAUGCUGUAAAACCGCCUGGUGGACAGUUUCUCCACUCUCCCUCCAAACUCUGCAAGCUUGGCAUCAAAUAAUUUGCUAAAUUGACUUUAUUUUAAAAAGAAGACUUUUGAGUACCAGUCUAGUCUUUUAGGGGUCACUGAUGUCUCUGAUACAGAAGCGGCCUAUAACAGUUGUAGCUCAUGUACAGGAUACGUCUCAAGUAACACAAUAGGCCUUAUGAAUAUCUUCCGAACUCCUAAAAACCAUUUGCUUCACCGUCCUGCGACCAUCCCUGUUGAUUUUACACCAUUCCACUACCACACUUUUUCCUUCCACCAAACUUUCCAUUCGUAUGCUUGAAUGCAGCACUGUUUUAAUUAAUAGCCAGCUCCUUCAGCAGCAUCAUUUUCUUGAUGUCUGUGUCCAUUUGCUGCACAGCAGUCAUUUCAAAUGAUAUAAUUAAAAUUAACUGAGGGAAACAUGUAAUGUAUAACUGUCUAAUGUUUAACUUUUGAUAUGAACACUUUUAAUGAUUCUAAAAAGAUGCACUUGUUUGACUUAAAAAUAAAAACCCAAAUCUUGCAUAUUUUUAAAAGGAAAUACAAAUAUUUGCAUACUAUUGAACUGCAUAUUUAAUCAGGUAUGUUGUAAUAAUCCCACAUUGACCACAUUGUGUUGAAUAAAAAA